AUGGCCAAAAGGAAAAAUAAACCUCUUAUAGAUUCAGAUUCUAGCAGCGAAUGUUCAGAUUUAGAUUCGCAAUUUUUGAACUUAGCAAAGAAGAAGAAAAAGCCAGGGGAUUCCCCACCACCAACUAAAUCCAAAAGCAAGUCUUCCGAUAGUGAAUCUGAUUGGGAUAAUGAUGAUAAGAAAAAUGACAAAUCAUCAUCGUCGUCAGGUUCCGAAUCACCGUACAGUGAUGCAAAAAGUGAUGUUUCCAAAAAAGAAGAACCGGCCAAAGCAAGUAGGAAAAGUUCGUCCGAUCAUUCAGAAGAAAGAAAAAAACCAGAACCAAAAAGAAGUGAGGUCAGAAAAAGUACAGAUAGCGCGGGAUCGGGAAAGAAAAAAGAUACUUAUAGUGAACCAGAAGAAGGUGAAGUAUCGUCACAUUCAUCGGACAAUGAUUCGAUAGAUUCAGAAGAAGAGUUUGAUGAUGGUUACGAUGAAAAUUUGAUGGGCGAUGAGGAAGAUAGAGCGAGAUUGGCCGCCAUGUCCGAGAAGGAACGUGAACAGGAAAUAUUUAAACGUAUAGAAAGGCGAGAUUUGAUGAAGACUAGAUGGGAAAUAGAACGCAAACUCCGGCUAGCACGUCGUUCGGCGGCUGAACGCGGGGCUUCCCCCGGCGAGCUAGCACGUCGACGUGAUGCGAGAAGGCGGCGACGUGAUCAACGUGCUCAGAGAGCUCAGAGAGCACAGAGAGAAGCAAAGAACGAGGAGGAGAGAAGAGAGAGAUGUGAAUCGGAGAAAGAAGAACCUAAAGAGCCUGAGAAAGAGAAAGAGAAACCCCCACAGAGUCCCGGUGAAAUAAACGACGAUCCUAAAGAUACAGCAACAGAGCGUGACACGGAGCGGUCGGCGUCCCCGCUGUUCGGCGCCAAGACGGAGCGCAAGCGCAACGUGGACGAGUCGCGCGUGAACGCGAUGGCGGCGCUGCGCGCGCAGCGCGACGCUCGCGCCACGCGCGUCGAGGUCAAGCAGCGCCGGCGGCAGGAGCAGGGCAAGGAGGACGAUGACGCAGACGCGGAACUGAUAGGCGGCACGAGCAAACAGAGCGUCAAGUUAAAGGCUUCCGACAUAUACUCUGACGACUCCGGAUCUGAUUCUGAAGAUAAUAAAUCACAAGGUCGCCGAAGCUCGAGCAGCUCGUCGUCGUCGGAGGCGGAGGAGCAGGAGAAGGAGAGGCGGCGCGAGCGCGAGGAGGUCGAGGUGAAGUACGCAGAUACCAGGGAUCAGAUCAAUAAGCUGAGAUUGAGCAGGUUCAAAUUAGAAAGACUAGUGCACUUGCCUUUCUUCGCUCGCGCGGUACAGGGCUGCUUCGUGCGUAUCGGCAUCGGCAACAAUAAUGGCAAUCCCGUGUAUAGGGUAGCUGAAAUAAUAGAUGUAUAUGAAACCGCAAAAGUAUAUAAUUUAGGCAACACCCGGACUAAUAAAGGGUUUAAACUAAGGCACGGGACACAGGAUAGAGUUUUCAGACUGGAGUUCGUGAGUAAUCAGGAAUUCACAGAUAAUGAAUUUCAAAAGUGGCAUAAAGCAAUCAAAGAUGCGAACAAAAAACCCCCCACCAUGGACUUUGUUAGGAAUAAAAUAAACGAAAUUAAAGAUGCUCUCAUGUAUGAAUUUAAGGAGGAAGAUAUAGAAAAAAUAGUAGCGGAGAAAGAAAGGUUUAGAUCACAUCCAACGAAUUACGCCAUGAAAAAAACACAGCUCAUGAAGGAGAGAGAUGUUGCGCAAUUACGCGGUGACGAAGAACUAGUGGCAGAUCUAAACGCAAAACUCCAAGAGCUAGAAGAGAGGGCGAGCGCUCUGGACAAGACGCGCACUUCCUCCAUACAGAGCAUCUCCUACAUCAACAACAGGAACAGGAAGCUCAACGUUGAGACUGCAGAGAAGGCCAUCAUGGAGGAGUUCAAAGCAAACAAAGGCAAGAAAACGGACGAUCCCUUCACUCGACGCCAUACAAAACCUGUUAUGAACUUCAAGUCGCAUGGCGGUAACCGAUCGCAGGAGUUAAUGAAAAAUGAACUCGCGGCCGCCGAAGCGCAGAAGAUGAGAGAAGAAGAAGAGAAGGCGAACAAAGAGAAGCAGGAGAGGGAGAGAUUGACGCAACAAACUGAAGAAGACAAGAGUAGGAAGGACAAGCCAUCGUCGGACAACAGUAGUCUCUAUUCACUCCACGACUUCGACAUCAACAUUGAAAUAGAUCUGCCAAUACCAAAAACAGUAACAUCCCAACCAAAACAAAUUACGGCUAGAGUGAAAGAGUCCGGCCCAAAGCGCGCCCUAAACCUCGACGAGUACAAGAAAAGGCAUGGGCUUAUA